AUGUAUAGACAAAAUUCAGUACGUGUUAUUCGAUUCGAAGGCGCCCUCUACAAAAUAAGGGAGUUUGUAACACACUCAUCAGAAAAGCAUUGCAUCAGCGACCACAACUCCAUCCGGAAAGAAGUGCAACAUAUUAAGGCAGCCCUUAAACUUAAUGGUUAUCACACGAGAGACAUUGCUACACCCAGACCCAGCAAUAGGCUAGAUAAUGCAGAAUCAAGAAAGUCUGUGUGUUUACCAUAUUUGGGACAGCUUUCACACCGCAUUCAACGCAUUCUAUUACAAGCCGAUGUCAAAGUGUUUCAUAGCGCACCCAACAAACUAUCCCGAACUCUACAAACACACAAGGACAAACCACCAGCACAGAGUCAACCAGGAGUUUAUCGGAUCCCGUGCAAAUGUGGGAAGGUUUACAUUGGUGAAACAGGACGAGAUCUCCGCACUAGGCUCAAGGAACACCAAGGCCAUGCCAGGAGAGGGGAACAAGAAAAAUCUUCUAUAGUCAUGCAUUCCCACAGUCAACAACACCGUGUACAUUGGGACAAAGCCGAACUAAUAGCCACCGUACCAUCUUGGCACUCCAGAAGGACUAGAGAAGCCAUCGAAAUUCACAAACACAAUACUGUACAUCAAGACAUUGGAUUUGUCAUUAGUGAUAUUUGGCUGUCCAUGUUUAAUCGGACCUAG